GCUCUCACCUCUUCGAGCCGGCACCGUGUGUGUGUGUGGAGGUGGGGAUCCUCCGCACACCCUGACCUACAAGUAGGCCCUGAUCUCUUACCCAGUCAGUUCCUGUCAAACAAGCCAAGGUAGGCGAUGUGGUUUGCAUGGUUUCAACAUUGUGAGCACCAUUGAGCCGUCCUUGCGGUGAAGAGGAAGUUCGACGCGCGUGUGAUCAAGACCGCAAAGAGACGGUGCGCUGUUGUCUCGAAAGCGGCUUCUUUCCUUCUCUCUUUAUUUUUGUUUUUAUUUUGUUGUUUCUCCCGGAUCGGAAGAAAAACAAGACCGGAGAACAGCGAAAGGGAGGCUGAAGAUGAUAUUGAGAGCCGCCCUUGGGGGCAUCGUCCUUUUGCUCACGCUCGCCGGAUCAGUCGGCGAGCAAGAUGACGAUUCCUUGGCUAGCACCUUUCUAUCAGGUUUCUUAAACUCUCUAACGAGCACGGCAAAAACCGCCGACUGCCCGGGAGUGUGCGUGCACGCAUUGGCGACGUUGAUGUGCGACGACGUCCUGGAGGACGUGCAAUGUCCCACGGCCAGUAUGCGGUGUUGUCUGCAGGAUCCGAUAAACGGCACCGCUUCGUCAUCCGAAAACGCCAUUGACAACGAGGUGCCGACCUCGACUUCAUCAACGACGGCGGUUAAGGUCACCACGAUUUCUACGACGACACCUGCAACAACUACCACGACUCUUGGCACGACUUACUCCACCUCGGCAAAAACUACACCGGAAAGCCACAAUGAGACGAGUGAAAAGUUACCGAAGAAAAAUUGCUCGGGCAUUUGCAUGGCCGAGAGAAUCGCCGAUUAUUGCGACGCCGUGCUGAUGAUAGACAAUCUCUGCAAGCCGGGCCACAAGUGUUGCGUGUCCAGAGACGCAUUCGGGGAUUCUCCGCCGCCUGAACUUCUAGUGAUAGAUCGUACGAACACCUCUCGUCAAGACGAGAAAAAUGGAGGAGGAGCUUCCAGCAAAGUAUCUUCUUCUCUGACGACGACGCAAUCGAACGCACCUUCGUUAACAAGCAGUUCUACGAUUCUCACAACGAUGACGAUGACCACCACGACCACCAAGCAGCCGUUGACGACGACGACGACGACGACAACAACGGUGAGACCAAGACCGAAGCCGAUACCGCUGAAACCCUGCAAGGGAGAAUGUACGAGCGGUCUGUCCGCGCUCUUCUGCGACAACAUCGACAGCGACGCGGAUUGUCCCGCCGAUGGAUCCGUGCUGACAGUCUGUUGCGUCAACGAGCCGCCACCGCAAAAAACGGAAACUACAACAACGAUUCGACCGACCACAAAACCUCCUCAACCGAAGCUACCGUCGUGUCCCGGUUUCUGUCUGCUGACGAUCAUGGCGGCGUUCUGCGAGCGACCGAACGUGAUCAUAGCGAAAACGUCGACCUGCCAAUCCGGAUCUAUUUGUUGCGACAACACGAAGAGUCCGCCGCAGACGCUGCGACCGAGACCGAGACCCACCCCGCGACCACCGACUACCGUACCAUUACCGCCGGACCCAAGACCAGAAUGUCCCGGUUCCUGCAUCGUGUCUUACUUAUCGUUUACUUGUUUCAGAAACGCCGAGCUGACAAACCUGUUCAAGUGCAAGAAGCCGGGACUUCAGUGUUGUGCGCCGAAAUCUCUGAUAAGAGAAUUCCACGAAGAAAAUUCCACGGAACCGGUUCUCACUAACAGAAACGACACGUUUUAUAUUCCGCAUACUACGCGGCCUUACAGCACUCCGCUCAUCACGUCCAUUUAUGAGACAACAACGGCUGUCACGACUACCAGAAGUCCGGAUACGUACGAUAAAUACGUUUGCGGUGUGAAGGGAACUUCUCGCGGUCCUGUUCAGGCACGAAGUUCCGACAGGGUUGGGCGCGUGGUCGGCGGCGAGGACGCGGACGCCAACGAGUAUUGCUGGCAAGUGGCAUUGAUAAACUCUCUCAAUCAGUAUCUGUGCGGCGGCGCUUUGAUAGGAACCCAGUGGGUCUUAACUGCCGCGCAUUGCGUUACCAAUAUCGUGAGAUCCGGCGACGCAAUCUACGUAAGGGUGGGUGAUCACGAUUUGACACGUAAAUACGGAAGUCCCGACGCCCAGACUCUGCGCGUCGCAACCACGUACAUACAUCACAAUCAUAACAGUCAAACGCUGGACAACGACAUCGCUCUACUGAAGCUACAGGGUCAGGCGCAGCUGAAGAACGGAGUUUGUCUGAUUUGUUUGCCGGCGAGAGGUGUCACUCACACAGCUGGCAAACGAUGCACAGUUACCGGCUACGGAUACAUGGGAGAGGCUGGUCCCAUACCUCUUCGAGUGCGCGAAGCAGAGAUUCCGAUCGUUACCAAUGCCGAAUGUGUAAGAAAAGUAAACGCCGUAACCGAGAAGAUCUUUAUUCUGCCGGCAAGCAGUUUCUGCGCCGGUGGCGAGGAAGGAAACGACGCCUGCCAGGGUGACGGUGGUGGUCCUUUGGUGUGUCAGGACGACGGUUUCUACGAGCUUGUUGGGCUCGUUUCGUGGGGUUUCGGCUGCGGUCGCCAAAAUGUACCGGGCGUUUACGUAAAGGUAAGCGCGUACAUCGGUUGGAUAAAUCAGAUCGUAUCGGCUAAUCAAUAGUUGUUUGCACGUAAUGCAUGUAUGUAGUGUAACGACACGAGAUCGAUUAAAGAUGUGUUUAUUUAUUGACGGAACUUUGGAGUACCUUCACGCGCUUGAUGAUACUUAUGUUAGUAGACACCGCCAGUUAAAAGCAUAGCGUGGCGAAAAGCCGUAGACAUAUUGAGAUUCGAUUGCCGAUAUUGUACAACUCGAACAUUCUUGAAACAGAAAAUCAUUCCAUUUUUUUUAUUGUCCGUUUCGUUCAGUGGUACCAUAUCGAACGGCAUUCAAAUAGUAUAGAAAAUUAUACGUACAUCUCUUUAUGUCUUAUAUAUCGAGAAAACGAUACAACACGUAAAAAAGUGCGAAAUCAAGUGCCAAGACUACUAUGUUUGUUUUUUCUAAAGAAAUUUAUAUUUGCAACACGUGUUUCGCUGAUAAAUAAUAACAUGUAUA